AUGCGAGCAAACAGCCGUAAGGGUCCCGAUGACAAGGCACCUAUGCCUUGUGUUUUCCAAGAGCCAAUGACAGCACCAGGACACAUGCAAGAUGGAUCGACAGCGGUAGCUGAGCAGCUGGAAACAAUUGAUUUGAGUGAGGAUCCCUCUACCCCUAGGCCCAUCUCCGUCAGCGUUCAUUUAACAAAUAAAGAGAAGGAGGCCAUGGUAUCUUUGCUAAAAGAAUUCCGAGAUGUGUUCGCUUGGAGCUACAAGGAAAUGUCUGGCUUAAACCCAAACUUGGUAAGUCACGCUUUGAAUAUUGAGCUCGGUACAAAGCUUAUUACGCAGCCAAGGAGGAAUUUCCAUCCCGAAAUUGAAAAGCAAAUCAAAGUAGAGAUCGAAAAGCUGUUGGCCGCUGGGUUCAUCAAGCCAAUCAAGCAUCCAACAUGGUUAGCAAAUAUUGUUCCUGUGAAGAAAAAGACCGAAAUUAAGAUGUCACCCAAAGAUGCUGAGAAGACAGCCUUUCGAAAACCAUAUGAUAAUUUUUAUUGCACGGUCAUGCCGUAUGGCCUCAAGAAUGCUGGCGCCACCUACCAAAGAGCCAUGACGGCGGUGUUUCACAACAUGAUGGGAAAGGAAGUCGAGGACUAUGUGGAUGACCUUGUGGUGAAGUCCAAAACCAGAGAAAGCCAUCAAGAAGUUUUGAGGAGAGUGCUGGAAAGGUGUCGGUUGUAUGGAUUAAAGAUGAAUCCAAAGAAGUGUCUCGCUGCCUCUAUGAGUGUUUUUACUCCCUUACUCAAGAAGGGCAAGCCUUACAAGUGGAGUAAGGAAUGCCAAGAAGCCUAUCAGCAAGUGCAACAAAUAAUCACCAAGCUGCCCACUAUGAGAGCACCCAUUUCGGGGCUUCCUCUCAAGCUUUAUUUGGCUGCAACAAGCACAGCGGUUGGGGCCUUACUUGCCCAAGAUGAUCAUCGCUUGCGGCAUUACUUCCUUGCUCACAAGCUACAUCUCAUAGUGAAGUCUGAUCCUGAAGUUAUGGGGGAGCUGCCAGAAAUGGUUGCUAUAGUCACAGAGGCAGAACCGUGGACCCUCUACUUUGAUGGGUCUUCUACAUCGAAAGACGGAGGAGCAGGUGUAGUGCUUAUCAAUCCCGAGGGGCAAGCCACGACCCUCUUAUUCAAGCUAAAUUUCCCAUGCACAAAUAAUACGGCGGAGUACGAAGCUUUCAUCAUGGGGAUGUCUACAGCAAGGGAGAUGGGUGUCGAAAGAAUUAAAAUUAUUGGGGAAUCAAACCUAGUGCUGAGUCAAUUACAAGGGAAUUUCGCUGUGAAAGAGCCAACAUUGGUGCCGUAUCGUACAGCUGCUGAAAGGCUUGUUCGUUCUUUCAAACAAGUAGUGUUAGAACAUAUUCCCGGGGUUACUAAUAGAUAUGCUGAUGCAUUGGCCACUUUAGGAUCGAAGCUCUCAUUUGUUGAGGAACAACCCAACAUUGCUGUGAUCAAGAAAGACAUGCCAGUGAUCGAAGCAAUGGCUCAAGAGGAACAGCUGGAAGAGGAUGACUGGAGGAAGCCUGUGAAAGAAAAAAUAGGCAAGGGAAGUGACAUCAAAGAAUUGAAAGAUUAUGCGAUCAUCUUUGGAGAACUGUACAGACGCCUUCUAGGAGGUAUUUUGACCCGUUGCAUAGGAACAACAGAAGCACGAAGGAAGCUCCAAGAGGUACAUGAGGUCACUUGCAAUUUGGAGCCAAUAAUAAGCUUGUAUCGGCGUUUGCAAUGCAAGGGUUAUUACUGGCCAGAAAUGAGGAAAGAAGCAGCUGAAAUGCAAGCCAAUUGUCCCAAAUGUGCAACGAUACCCUCCACCGAAGAAUCAUUCACCAUCUCGUUUACGGAGGAUUGGAGGGCUCCGCACUUGGCAUCCUUCAUCAACGGAGUCUUGCCAACCAAUCCCAAGCAUGCACGCAAGCUCAAAAGGACAAUGAAAAGAUACUUCAUAAAUGGGUCAACUCUCUACCGCAAAGGGUUUAAUGGGGAGCCAUUAAAAUGCUUGGGGAAGUCAGAGGCACAGCAAGUCAUGCAAGAAAUUCACGCUGGAGAAUGUAGUGAGCACCAAGGAAUGAAGAGGCUUUACCGGCAGCUGCUGAGUGUUGGGUAUUAUUGGCCUACAAUGAAGAAUGACGCAUAUAACUUCGUGAAGAAGUGCCACACAUGCCAAGUCCACGCCAAUUUAAGGCUUGAUUUGAUCGGGAUUAUCCACCCGCCAUCCGACGGUUACAUAUGGAUCCACACGGCCACUGAGUAUUUCACAAAGUGGGUGGAGGCGGUUCCGCUCCGAAAGGCCACGGGGGCUGCCGUUGCAAAUUUCAUAUGUGAGUAUAUCCAAGUGAGCUCGACGCUUAGUGGCUAUGGUGUCUAUGGUGUCAAGCAUUGUCGCUCCACGCCCUAUUACCCGCAAGGAAAUGGUCAAGCGGAGGCCACAAAUAAAACUUUAUUGAGGAUCCUAAGCAAAAUGGUCUACGAGUAUGAAGGAGGUUGGAGUGUUCACCUGCCGGAUGCUUUAUGGGCUUACCGCACCUCUUCAAGAAGUGCCACAGGUUUCUCGCCUUAUUCGCUUGUGUAUGGGUUCGAUGCCAUUUCACCAGUAGAGAUUACCAUCCCCACUGCCAGAGUAGCAGCUGUUAACGACCUCGAAUGGGACACAAAGUCAUGCUUGGAGUGGCGCCUGCUGGACCUUGAAGCAUUCGAUGAAAAAAGAACGGAAGCCGAAAGAAGGACAACACUGUACCACAAAGUUGUAGCCUAA